AUGGUGGGUUACGAAAUCCGCUCCGAGCCGGGCUCUUGUAGCACGCAUGGGCGCGGACUAGUUCCUCUUGAGGGAUACACAGAUGAGGCUAUCGUCCGCUUGGGACCCAGAUCUUCUGGCCCGUUGAAUACGUUUUCGGACUUUCAACGGUGCUCCAUGAAGUUGAUGGGUGAUAAAACCGAGGGAUUGGGCAACCUUCCUGAGGCGGUAGUCGAACCCGUGACGGAAGCAGACAACUCGUCAGCUCAGGAACGUGACUUCAAGUUGGUCGGCUCGUCACGAUCAUACCUUCUAUGA